AUGGUUCAAUUUACUGCUUCAAUCAUGGCCCCUGCCACCGCAGCCCUCCUUAUUUCCUGCCUUGCUCCUUCGGUUUACGCCAGCCCAAUCUCCUCGUCAUUAGACAGCUGUAUCGAGAAAGCGGGCGUCGCGCUUAUCGAAGGCGGCGCAACUCCUGACGACCUUUUUAAAUGCAUCGCGCAAUUCCAGCCUGAACGCCGAGAUGUAGGGGGUAUGCCUCCCCCGUCUAUGGGCCUCAACGAAAUCCCCGGCGAAACCCCACAUGAAUCGAUCGAGCCCAAGUUCAUCGAGUGUAUGAAGGGUAAAUCCCUUACCGACCCCGCCGAGGUCAUGAAUUGCUUCAACGAGUCUCGCGAAAAACGCCAGACCAGUAACAACCUGGUGGCUCGCGAUAUGAUCCCCGCUCUGUUUGACGCCGACUGCGCCAAAGGGAAUAUCCCGGAUCUCUUCAUGGAGGCAGCCCAGUUCCGCAGCAAGGCUCGCGGGUUCUGUGACAAGAUGAGGAAAGAAGUCUUGGAUAAAGGCGACAGUGCUCACGAAGAGGAGGUGACUGAUGGCACUCAGAAGAGGUCUGAGGGUGGCUGGACCAGGUUCAAGCUUAAGAGAGACCAGAAGCUGGGCUUCUAUACCAGGUUCACCUUGACCGCGCGUGGUCGCGAUCUGAUCAAGGGCGCUAAGGAUCCUAAUGUUGCCUUCGACGAGCUGUGCAAUGCAGCCAUUGAGCGCCUUGGGACCAGAGGUCAAGGAUGCACGAGGGAGAUUGCGAUCAGCAAGUCAAAGGCGGAGGGUAGAGGCAACUCCCAAACUACCGGAGUGCUAAACGGGGUUAUGAACAUCUUCGAUGAAAAGGACAAAAAGGUUUCUGUUGCGUCGGUCAUUGUUGAUAUGAAGAUCGAUGGAAGAAUCCCCCCUUGGACGGAGGCAGAUGAUGAUAUGUUCUAA